UCUUUUGUCGAAGUGAAUUGUCGAUCUAGGGAAUCAUUUGAAGGCACUGGUGUGGAUGGCGCAGGGGGCAUCAGCGGAGCAUUCAGAACACAGCUUGGUGGCAAAACGAAAUGAUUGAAGGGAGUUGAAAACGGGUACGGGGAGUUGCCACUUUGUUGCCCUGCGUUUCUAGGAUUGCGUUUACAAUGCGGCCCAGUUACUCCAGUUGGAAUCGGCCGAGUUGGGGCUUGUUUAGGGACCUUGGGAGCGAGGGAGAGACAUCUGUUUGUGCCUGGUCCCCAAGUCCCCACUCUCUGUCGCUUCUGCUUGUUUUUUUUAUUUGUUUCCCCCUAUCCGUCUGCGCUCCCUUUUCCAUUUCAGCACUUGUUCACAACCCCGCGACGCGACCAAAUACAACGCACGAUAGACUAAAGGAAUAUCGUCGCUGGUUCAUGUUUAGCGCGGCUGGAGAGGCUCGAUGUGGGAUCUAUUUGUGUGCUUCUUUAUUUCCCCCCUGUAUACCUCGACAGGUCGGUGUGAGAUGAUGGCUAGUAGGGGCUUCUUUAUUUCCCCCCUGUAUACCUCGACAGGUCGGUGUGAGAUGAUGGCUAGUAGGGGUUACAGCUGAUUGAACAAGGAGGCGAUGGAACGGAAGGCAGGGGAUGCUAAUCAGCCAGUGACAA